AUUGCACCUGGGACCUGCCGCAUGCACAACAGAUGCUCUACCACUGAGCUGCGUCUCUUGCCCGUAGAGGAAGAGACCAUAUAAGUAGCAGCUUUUAGGUGGGGAGUAGGAACUACAACUCCCAGAAGUCUGUGCGGUCCGUCGUGCUCGCUGACUAUUCGGACGUCAAGGGAAGGUUUCCUCCUGAGCGCCGCUCGCACUUGGGGAGCGUGUCGUUUGGGGAAUUAGGGAAGGAGGCGGUGUUGAGAUCCGAAGUGGAGUCGUGGGAAAGGCAGGGGAGAGGAGAGAAAACCGGGAAAGCUCCAGUUAAGUAACUAACAUGGGCAAAUAAGGAUUUUGGAAAACAGGUACAGUAGUUUCAUCGCCCCCCAGCCAAGCUACCCGUGGGGUUUCUGGAUUUUUGAGUCAUCAUCAUUAUGGAUGGAGAAGCACCAGGUGCUGGGGGGCAUCUGCAAAAUCCUCCCAGAAGAGGCAGAAAACGCGGAAACCGGAGGAGACACAGAGAUCAGGAUGCAGAUGUUCGCCUCUCCAAGGCUCUUUCUUACGUGCUGCGCCAUGGGGCAGAGAAGUUGGGGCUACAGAUGGGGCUUGAUGGCUUUGUGGAUGUGGCAGAGGUUCUUCAUCUGCCCCAGUUUAAGGCUUGGACUCUGGAAGAUGUGCAGCACGUUGUGGAGACAAAUGAAAAGCAGCGCUUUGCUCUACGCCCCCACCCUUCCAGUGGGCAGCUCCAGAUCCGUGCCAAUCAAGGGCACUCGCUGCAGGUGUCUGAACUGGAGUUGAUCCCACUGCUGGACCCACUGGAUUUCCCAGAGGUUGUGGCCCAUGGCACCUAUCUGCGCCACUGGCCAGGAAUUCGCCGCAGCGGCCUCUCGCGGAUGGGAAGGACACACAUCCAUUUAGCACCAGGGUUGCCGGGGGAUGGAGCUGUCCAGAGUGGAAUGAGAAGCAACUGUGACAUGGCUAUUGUCAUUGAUGUCGCCAGAGCUCUGGCAGAUGGAAUCACAUUUUACCGCUCGGCUAAUGAAGUGAUCCUCACGCCUGGCGAUGCCGAUGGGCUGCUGCUCCCCUGCUACUUCAAGGAGGUCCUACAGCUCAAGCCUAGGCGUGAGUCGGGCAGCCUGCCUCUUGCCACUCGGGCCCGGGAGGUGUCUGUUGUCCCUCAACUGUCCUGGUCCUGAGCCACUGGAUGCAUCUACCUCUACGUAAUUUAUGUCACCUACAUUCAUUUCAAUGUAAAGGCCUUAUCCAAACGCUUAAAAAAAAAGCAACUGAUUACA